UUACUCGUCAGGACAUUAGCUUUGUGUUCCGCACCAACGAGAAAAUUGAUGAUUUGAAGAACGCCAUGAAACAUCUCAUGGCCACGAAGGAGGACGUUCAGAGAAAGCUUGAUGAUCCUCAACACAACGGCAAACUACUCGAUAAUCAACAUCAAGUUAAAGACUGGCUUCGCGAUGUUGGAGAAAAGGAAUAUAAAGUAGAACGAUUAUUGGAUGAAUAUGACAAAGGUAAUUGUGUUCCAGCAGGCUCUUGUUCUCUAAAUUGUUUUUCAAGGUAUAAGAUUGGCAGGAAUGCAUUCAAAUUGAAAGAGGAGAUAACUCAGUUGACAACAAAACUGCCAGAAAUCAAAUUUACUGGCGUACCACCGCCUAAACCAGUCCCUGAAUCAUCUAAAAUAGCGGGGAAAAAAAUCGGGUCCAACCUUGAUGUUGCUUGCAGUUACCUGGCAGAUGAAACAGACGACAUAAUUGGCAUAUGGGGCAUGGGAGGUGUAGGCAAGACCACACUCUUGAAAAAAAUCAACCAACGAUUGUUAGAUAAUGCAAACAUGGGAUUUGAUCAUGUGUUGUUUAUUGAAGCUUCACAAAAUUCUCAGUUGGAAGAACUUCAGAAAGAGAUUGCUAAGGAAUUGCAUUUGGCCCCUGAUUCUGUUCAAAAAGACUUCUUCAAUGCCCUGAAAACUAAGAACAUUGUAUUGCUCUUAGAUAACAUAUGGGAGCCAGUAGACCUUGUUGGUCUUGGAAUUAUCAAUCCUUAUAGGGACGAUGAUGAUUCCACCAAACCAUACAAAUAUAAAGUGAUUUUUACUACUCGAUCAGAAAAUGUGUGUGCCCGGAUGAGAGCAAGCAAAAGAAUUAAAGUGGAAUGCUUGGAACCAGAUGAAGCAUGGGCUCUUUUCAAGCACAAUGUUAAUCUAGCAGUAAUUGAGUCAGAUGAAAAGUUCAAGAAAAUAGCUUGGCAAGUGAUGAACAAGUGUGGGGGUUUGCCACUUGCUCUGCAAGUGGUUGGUAAGGCCAUGUCUAACAGAAAUACUGUCCAAGAGUGGGAUGAUAUUUUGAGCUUGCUAAAGAAUUCAGGUACUGAAGUAGUUCAAGGUGUGCAGGAAUCAUUACUUCCGAUUUUGAAAUUCAGUUAUGAUAAUCUACCUAGAAAUAUUCAGGAGUGUUUUUUGUGUGCUUCCAUUUUGCAAUGGUUAAGAAAAGAUGAUUUGUUGGAAUUAUGGAUGGGUUUAGGCUUGAUCGGUGAUUUUGUCAAUUUACAGCAAGCUUAUGGCAAAGCAAGACAUAUCUUUAAGAAUCUAGAGGAAUCAUGUUUAUUGUAUUCUUCUGAUGAUGUUUACGUGAGGUCACAUGAUGUAAUUUAUGAGAUGGCAGUGUGGAUAGCAUCAGAUUGUGGGAUGAACAUGAAUAAAUGGAUAGUGAAAAGAUUUUCUUCGUUCGAAGUUGAAAUAACAUCAAUCAAUGCAGAGAAUUGGAGAUUCGCGAACCGAGUGAUUGUAAGUGGCAAGGUGGAGCUUUUGCCAAUUUUGUCUUGUCAGUGUUCUGACUUAUUGUGUUUAAUGAUACAAAUUAAUUCUUAUUUUAAAAAUAUUCCUGAAAGAUUUUUUAGUGCGAUGCCAAAUUUGACAUAUUUGGAUCUUCAAGAAACUGGCAUCGAAGAGCUUCCAAAGGGCAUGAAAUGUUUGGCUAAUUUGCAAUACCUAAACAUUUCAAAAACAAAUAUCUCAUCACUUCCAAAGGAGUUGGUAUAUUUGAAGAAAUUGCAAUAUCUGAUAUGCAGAAAUUUGAAAGGGCUUGGCAAGGUAGAGGAUGGUCUCAUGUCAAGAUUACAGAAGUUGAAGGUCAUUGACAUAUAUCCGUAUGGGUGGGUAGAACCGGAAGAGUUAAAGCUAUGGAAGAAACAUAACAGCAUCAAAGCAAUUGGAAUGCGUGUAGUAUCACAAGAGGUUCUCCAACAACUCUCAUGUUUGCCAACUACUCAGCUUUAUCUAGCCAAUAUGGAUAACUUGAUCUCUCUUUCAUUUGACACUUUAAGCUGCAAAGUUCAUGGAUUUUUGCAGUCACUACAAAUUCAUUCAUGCCCACAGCUUAAGGAGCUUGUGAUGAAUGGAAAGUGGGAGUCAUCUCUAUAUUCUCAAAAUCCUUAAUGCCGAAAAAUUGCAGAACAUUAUUUUCACAGAUCUAUCGCCUCCAAAAUUUUUUCAUGUGUUGAAGAAGUUAUAUAUAUCAGGAUGUAAUUUGGAUAAUUUAGCAUGGGUCCUAGCAUCUCCCAUGUCUUUUAUAUUUAGAUAUAAAAGAUUGUGCAAAAAUAGAAACAUUGUUUUACAUCGAGGAGGAGAGAGAAAUCCAACAACAAAAAGUCUUAGAACACCGCCCGACAUUCCCCUCAUUGAAAUUUCUACUUAUAAAUAAUCUACCAAAAUUAGUGAGCAUAAGCAAUUUUGCAUUGGAUUUCCCACUUUCCUGGCUGACAGUGAAUCAAUGUCAUAAUCUGAAGAAGUUACCAUUCAAGGGUCGCAUUAACAACAAUCAAAGAAUGAUACACAUUGAUUGUGAGAGAAUGAUACACAUUGAUUGUGAGAGAGAAUGGUGGGAAAGCUUAGAGUGGGAUGAUGCCACCAUCCCAUGUCCCAUUUUACCAAAAUCCAUGGAAUCCAUAGAGGACUUGCAGGAACAAAUAUGUCAAUCUUUGUUUGUGCAAAAAGCUGCACUAGAUUUUAUUAAUUCGUGUGGGAGAGUGAAUGAUGGGAAACCGUGGGAUAAUGUCACCAUCCCAUCUCAUCUUCAGCCAUUUUUCAUCGGGGACGAGAACCCUAAUGAAUUAAUGCACGACUAGUGGAAGUAAAUGAAAGGUCUUCGAGUUUUCUAUGUUUUUGUCUGCACAAGUUAAGAGAUCAUCUCAUGUUCAAACCAAGUCUUUAAUUUCCGGGUUUUACAUCUCCAUACACUUCUCAGAACUACAACUUCUCUUUGCGAUGAAUCAGUGAUCUACCAAAUUUACUGUGCAAUUAUGCUCUAGAUUGCUCAUGUUGUUUCUGGUUUUUCUUCUCAAAUAUGAACACUUUGAUUGGUUUUUUAUUUAUGCCGGUGUGAAGACAUGUUAUUAUUUGGUUUCCAAGUUUGACAUUUGUUUAUCAUUGUUAUCUUAUGUAUUUUCUAAGUUGUUUGGUGAAAGUUGAUUGAUUGAAGACAUUAGUUGUUGGGUUGUAUCUUUCAUUCAAACUAUAUUUUCAGGUAAGUUGUGCUUUGUUAACAUGUUGGAUUUAUUUGGAAGCAUAUAUAUAUAUCUGCAAAAUACUUAUUUGUUA